CUUCAACUGCUGCGUAACGUGUGUGUCCCCGAGACACAGCCGCCGUACCUCAAGACUUACUAUUAGAUCAGUUCAUAUUCGUUGCUAUCCAGCUAUUGUACAUUAUCAAUGGGAUGAAAGAAAGAUGAAAAAAAACUCAGUCUGUAGCGACGCAACGAGCUGCUGCUGCUAGUCGUUGAAAUCAAAAGCGAAAGUGGUGGGGGUGCGUUUGCGUUCUCAGCUGUUUCACUUCAAUUUGUACUUACUCGCCUUAAACUCAUAAAAAAAAAAAAACUCUGAAUCCAGACUCCAUGAUGAUGAUUGCAGUCAUUUUGUUUGGAUACUUCUUGACGUGCGUUUGUGCUGAUGGAGUUGCAGAUGUGGUACUGUCCUGUGCCCUGGUGGAGGAGGGAGUUGGACUGGGUGGAAUGGGAGGUGGAGCUGCCUUCACACGGACUCCAGCCACUCUUGUCUUCAGAGAUGUUGCAGUAGCUCCUGACGAAUCACUUGAAACGCUCACUCCAUUUGUCCCACCCUCAGUCCCUGAUCCAGACCUCAUCCUGUUUGAGGCCAAAGUGUCAUCAGUCGAGAUCCCCAAUGCAGACGUGUUGCUCCAUGCGGACUGCAAUGAGCAGGAGGUGAUGUGUGAAAUAAGCCGUUACUCUCCUCGUGGGUCAGAGGAAAGUUCAGAUCCAGCCUAUUUCAUGGCAUCGAUUAGUGUGGAUGGAGUUGAUUUCAGCACUUCACUGAUUCUGCAGACUGUGACGGUGGAGAAGGAGCACUCGACCCUGAUACAAAACAAAUUAGGUCUGCCUCUCAGCCAGUCGGGUACACUGCUGACUGAGGUGAUAUUCCUGGUGUUUUCCCACAUAAAGUCUGUAUCUGUGCCACUGAGAGGCGAUGUCCUCCUCAACUGUGGUUUCAGGCAACAUGCAGUACCCUUAUCGCAGGAAGUAAACAUUGAAUGGCGACUGCAGCACAGAGGAAAGGGGCAGAAAGUGAUUGAGAUGAAGACAAGGCUGGAUGCUGCAGAAGACGACACAGUGGUGCAUGAAGAAAGGAGAGGCUCAAGCAUGGAUGCCGCCCAGGUUGUUCGUGAGGGUAACGCCUCUGUGACUCUGAACAAGCUGAAGGUUUCAGAUGUAGGGACCUAUAUCUGUACAGUCAGUUUAGGUCUUUUCCAUGCCCAGCAAGUCAUUCAACUCCAUAUUAUUCAACCGCCGAAUGUUUCACUCUCACAGGAGAAGUUUGUUUUGACAAAAUCACCACAGACAUUGAGCUGUCACUGCAGUAAAUACUACCCACUGGACGCUCAGAUGGAGUGGUUAUCGCUCUCUCCUACAGAUACUGAGCCUGUGGUCUUUCCAGAUCAGGGCUCUCUGUCCAGUCAUCGGCAGCAUGGCGAUGGGACUUUCUCUCUGUCAUCUCACCUCACUGUGCCCCCCAGUGUCUCUCCAGGCACCAAAAUCAUCUGCAUAGUGUCUCACCGAGCCCUGGAUGCUCCUCUCUAUAUGAGCAUAGUGGUAGAAAGUCCAGAAACAGAUUCCUAUUGGUGGUUUCUGGGUUUCCUGAUCAUCACUGUACUUUUCUUCUACCAGGUUAUGAGAUAAGUCAGUAGGAGAUUUUACUGUGGAUCAUCUUGACUUGAAAUUGAGCCCAGAGAGGCUUUAUUUGUGUCAUUUGUGAGACAAGUUAUGACUGAUUUCAUAAAAAGUCGUCACUGGUUCUUUUAACUCCUCUAGACUUCAACUGAACAGGAGUAUUGUUGGCAGUGGUUUACUCAUGCUGAAUUUCAGUAAGCAAGUUUAAAGAUGGCAUUUUUGUGAACUGCAAAAAUAUUAAAGGCACUUGCCAUAAAAUCUUCCACAUAAAUUCCAAAAUAUACUUGCCAGCAAGAAAACAGUUUUUUUCUCCACACAUAAAUUUCCCACUGCUAUAUUAUUAUUAUUAUUAUUAUUGUUAUUAAUAAUAAUAAUAAUAAUAAUAAUAAUAAUAAUAAUAUAUUUUGGUGUCUGAUAAGCUUGUGAAAUGCUGUGUUUGAUGUCAGCUCAUUACAGGACCUAAGUUUCUUUUUUACCUUCUGAACUUUGCAUAUAGUAAAAGCUCCACAAGAAGAGCUGCUUUAAGUGAAUACAACUUAAGUGACUUGUUUUAUAGUAUAGGCAAUAACAGAGUGUGCAAUAAGGCAUGGUACUGUGGGUCUGGUUCUAACUGUAUUAAGUUAUUCAGGUCUUCAACUGUUGAAUUAUUUGUACCAUUUAAAAUCCUACUGUAUGCCCUGAGAUGUAUUUUGGCUUCUUUGUUCUUCUAACCAGUAUAAAAAAUUGGACCAUGGGCUUUUUUCUUGUUUCUUAUUUUUUUCUGUCUUGUUCUUGUAUUUUUACUGUGAAUGUAUUAAUGCUGCAGACCAGAAGUGAUUGGAUAUUUUCUGUCAGAGCUCACACUGUGACCUGUCCAUUCAUGACUUGGUUUAAAUCCUUCAAAAAAGUCUUUAUUUGUUGUACUGUUCCCAUUUGUCUCUCACUGGUACUAUUUUACUUGUAUGCUUGUAUCCUUGGUUUAUUAUGGCUCUUUGUUUUUUGUGUGAUAAUGAUAUUGUUACUGUUUUUAAUUUUCUUGAUUUUAUGAGCCAAAGGGUUAGUCUUUUAUAAAACUUCAAUCAAGAAAAUAUAACAAAGGUCAAAGGUU